AUGAAAGUCCGCCGAAGCUUGUCGUCCCCCGUUUCCAACGGAGUCACGUACACGCCUACAUCUAGCACUCCAAAGACCGCCGCCCCAGACGAAAGGUCCGCUUCCAGCUUGACAUCGGGCCAAUCUGUGACGCCGAAGCUGGGCGAACCUCUUGCAAACAAUCCACAGAUCAAAUUCUCCGUGCUUGGAUUGUGUGGAAUCGCCUUCACCACAGGCGAGUCUUGGGUCGCAUUGGGAAAUAGCUUGACUCUUGCAAUUUACAAUGGUGGCCCCGCCGGCGUCAUCUAUGGCUUCAUUGUCACAUCAAUGUGCUAUUGGCUAGUGGCAGCAGCCAUUGCUGAACUUGCUUCUGCCAUGCCUUCGACUGCUACAACCUAUCGGUGGGCAAGCGUGACAGGAGGUCCUCGGUAUGGUGGCAUCUGCUCAUGGUUCGCUGGAUAUUGGCUAUGGGUCGCAUGGAUCGUCGGACCGGCUUCACUCGUUUCCUUCAUGGCUCUACAAGCGCUUGCCAUCUACGAGAUCUUGAAUCCCGGAUUUGUCGCAUAUGAUUGGCACAUUUUCUGCAGCUAUGUUGUUUGCAAUUGCACAGUCUGCUUCUUGGUUCUCUUCGCCGACCAUUUGCUCGAUCAUCUUCACCUCGGUGGCUGGUUCGUCUCGGUGGUCAUUUGUGCCAUCUCACCACGGAUCACCGGUCGCGCGUAUUCCGAUUCCCAGACCGUGUGGACGGACUGGCAGAAUGAAACAGGAUGGGCGAACGAUGGUUUUGUCUUUUGUCUCGGUAUGCUGAACGCGGCCCUGGCGGUCGGAGCCCCUGACAUCAGCUGUCACAUGGCAGAGCAGAUCCCGAGACCAAGUCGAAACUUACCUUUUACGAUUCUGACUCAAUAUGGCGCGUCAUUUGUGACCGGCUUAACAUACCUUAUCACUCUGUUCUACACGGCACCGGAUCUGUCUAGUAUCACAGCCACUCGCACGGUCUUUCCUCUGGCACGAAUCUACUACCAAGCGACUGGUUCAAGAGCUGCCACUGUCGGUCUGCUAAUUGUUGCUCUCAUACCCACGAUCCUUGGCGCCACAGGUGCUUAUGCCAUUGCAGGUCGUCAAGGAUGGUCACUCGCCCGUGAGAAGGCUUUGCCAUUUUCUUCCACCUUGGUGCGAUUGAGCGAACGCACCAACGCACCUUUCAACGUGGUCUUGCUCGCAGGAGUCCUGACCUCAGCUCUGGGAACGAUCUACCUCGCUUCAGCGACCGCGUUCAAUGCCAUCACAGGAUCUUUCGUCGUAUUUUCUUCGCUCUCAUACCUGGCUGCGUUGGUGCCACACGCACUCUCGAAUCGGCGGCACAUAAAGUCUUCCUCAUGGACAACAGCAUCGCCGAUGACAGCAAAUUCAGCAACAUCGCCCUCAAGAGGAUACUUUCGCCUCCCCGACCGUCUCGGUCUCAUCAUUUGCGUUGCGGCAUGCAUCUAUCUCGCAGUUUUCGUCGUGAUAUUUUGCUUUCCUCCUUCACUGCCGGUCAGUGACGCUGGUAAGGUUAAUUACACGGGAGUCAUUGUGGGCGGAUGGACGAUCAUCACGGCAGCUUAUGGCGGUAUGAGAAUGAUGUGA